AUGACACAUGCUCUUACAAUACCAAAGUUGAUCGAAAAGGCCGCGAACCUUAGAUGUACGGCUUUGUGGGGUGGAAAAGUCGAGUCUAUAUUGGAAGCUGUAUCAAGCUCCUUCAAGCAAGGUCUCAACCCCGAUAGCAUGAGAUACAAGCUCCAAUGCUCGUUUGUGAGAGGCCUGAUCAAGCUUGGUGCCAAGCCGCUUGAAAGCGGUGAAUUCUCUGGUGGGUUGGACGUUUAUGAAGAGAAGUGCUUUGGUUUUGUCUUCGGCUGUGACCCAGCAAGCAAGAAAAUACCAGCGUAUGAGGGCGUGAUGCAAGAGGGGGAAAUCCCACUUUGGACGCUGGAUGGUGUCCCGCUUCUGUGUCUUCCGAAAUCAUGCUUCCCUAAACGAAGGAUAUGGGAAUACUCGCCCUCGACCUAA